UUAGGUCGGACAUGGUUCGCGCCAACGGCGGCGCGCCGCCGUCGGUGUGGCCGUCCCUCCGGCAGCGGACUGCGGCUCUCCUCCGCGACAUCUACGCCGAGCUCAUCACCGAGGGCGCCGCACGUGCGCUCUCCCGCCUCCCGCCGCCCGCGAGCGAGGCGGUCGGGGACGCCGCCGGCUGUCGGGACGAGGCCGGCGAGUCUCCUGUCCUCCCCGAGAUGGGCGCCGCGUCGUCCGCGGCGCUCUGGACGCUGUCCGUCCUCGUCGCCGGCGUCGGCUCCAUGGAGUCGAGGCUCUCGAGCGACUCGCUGCCGUGCCGGACGGUGCGGGAGGCGACGCCGCUCGAGCUGCGCGCAAACGCCGGCACGCUGGGCCGGGACUACCUGCCUUCGGCCUACGACCCGUGGCUCGGCCCGCGCUCGGCCGGCGUGAUCCGGCUGCGGUACGGCUUUGACGCGCGGCGCCUCUCGCAGCGGCCCGGCGCGGGCGCGUGCGAGUACACUCCGGUUGGCCUUGACGGGCAGACCGAGGCGUGGGUGCGAGGGUGCCUCGCCAAGCCGGCGGCGGCGUCGCGCCUCGCCGUGUGGCGCGCGCUCAAGCGGCGGCUCUACCACUACGACGCGGGAGUGCUCGCCUUCCACGCCUUCCCGCGCAACUACCUCCUCUCGCCCGCGCACUGGGAGGAGCUGCUCGCCGGCCGGCCAAACGGCGGGCUGGCCGCGGCGCUCGACGUGGGCGCGGGCGACGGCUCCCUCUGCUCGCCGUACGCGCGCCUCUUCGGCAGCGUCACCGUCACCGAGCUCACUUCGCCCCUCGUCUGGCGGCUCAAGGCGACCCCGACGCAGGGAGCGAGCCUGCAGGCGGUCGCGACGGCCGAGCUGACGCCGCGCGCGCUCGGCCGCGAGCAGUUCGACGUCGCCUUCUGCCUCAACGUCCUCGACCGCUGCAAGGACCCCGUCCGGAUGGUCGAGCAGCUCCACGCCCUCCUCCCGCCGGGCGGCUGGCUCGUCGUCGCGGUCGUCCUCCCGUGGCUCCAGUCGGACGCCGUCGCGCGCGGCUCGCACCAGCGGCGUGCGCGCGUCGUCGGCGGCGAUUUCGAGGCGGCGGCCGCGUCGCUGCUCGACUCGCUCCUCCUGCCGGCCGGCUUCGAGGCCCUCCGCCUCGUGCGCGCACCCUACCUCUGCGCGGGCGACCGCAACUCGCCCGUCGCCGUCCUCGACUCUGCGACGCGCUGCACCGAGUGCGGCGUGCUCGAGGGCUUCCGCCAGGGCAGCGCCGGCCCCGCGAGAAAGUAG